AUGCCCCACACAAUCCAAGGCAAAACCAUCGGCAACAUCGGCUUCGGCCUCAUGGGCCUAACCUGGCGCCCCCAGCCAGCCACCAACCAAGAAGCCAUCGCCGCCAUCCGCGAAGCCGUCCUCAACAACAUGACCUACCUCAACGGCGGCGAAUUCUACGGCCCCCCCACCCACAACUCCCUCACCCUCCUCAAGGCCUACUACGCCCAAUACCCCCAGGACAAGGACAAGAUCCUCCUCAACAUCAAAGGCUGCAUCACCCCUUCCUUUGAAGUCGACAGCUCCCCCGCCGGCGUCGCCGAAUCAGUCGCGCGCUCUGUCGAGCAGAUUGGUGGCAAGGGGCUAAUCGAUCAGUUCGAGCCAGCGAGAAGAGAUCCCAAGGUUGAGAUCGAGGACACGGUGGCUGCGCUGCAGAGGGAGGUGGAAAAGGGGAAUAUCCGUGGGAUUUCCCUUAGUGAGGUCAGCGCCGCGACGAUCAGACGCGCGGCAAAGGUGGCAAAGAUUGAGAGUGUGGAGGUUGAGUUGAGCUUGUGGCAGACGGAGCCGUUGGAGAAUGGGGUUCUGGAGGCGUGCGCGGAGUUGGGGAUUGUGGUUUUGGCUUAUAGCCCUUUGGGGAGGGGGAUGUUGACUGGCCAGAUCAAGGGGUGGGAGGAUAUCCCUGAGGGUGACUACCGGCGGGGACUGCCGAGGUUUCAGCCGGAGGUGUUUGGGAAGAACAUGGAACUGGUCAAGGAGGUGCAGAGGUUGGCGGAGAGGAAGGGUUUGACUGCGGCGCAGAUUGCGAUUAACUGGGUGCUGGCUCUGUCGAGGAGGCCGGGGAUGCCGGUGAUUAUCCCUAUUCCGGGGGCGUCGAAGCCGGAGAGGGUGAGGGAGAAUGCGGUGGAGGUGGAGUUGAGCGAGGAGGAUAUGAGGGAGAUUGAGACGGUGUUGAAGACUUUUGAGGUGGUGGGGGAGAGGUAUAAUGAGCAUGGGAUGAAGAUGUUGGGGGAUGAGUAUUAG